GUGCAAUGUGGAUCUUCUAUAGGUUCAUCAUAUGUUCGCUAUUCCACAAAGCGGUGGGACAAUUCGAUCCCUACUUUGCUGACGGGAGGACCGGAAUCGUACAUCUGGUCGAGUGGCGAUACGAGGACAUCGACUCGGAAUGUACCAACUAUCUGGGCCCGAAUGGGUUCGGUGCGGUUCAGAUUUCUCCGGUCAACGAGGUUCGCGUCAUGGAACCGCGAUCGUGGCAGGAGCGUUAUCAACCAGUUUCCUACAGAAUGGUUGGACGAUCUGGAACCGAACAGCAGCUGCGCAAGAUGAUAUCCAACUGCAAUGAUGCCGGUGUUCGGGUGUUUGUCGAAGUGGUUCUGAACAACAUGGCCGAUGGAAGUGGUCGGAUAAUGGGUACCGGUGGAUCGUACGCUAUUCCGGAUUCUUUGGACUAUCCCGGAGUGCCGUUCACCAGUACCGACUUUAAUUAUGGUUGCUCGAUCGUUGAGGAUGAUGAUAUUCAUGAAAUUCGUACCUGUCAAUUGAGGGGACUGCCCGAUUUAAACCAAAGUUUGGCCAGAGUACGUCAGCGAAUAGUGGAUUUUCUCAACCAGCUUAUCGCUAUGGGAGUAGCAGGGUUUUAUAUUGACUCAGCGAAAUACAUGUGGCCACAUGAUUUGAUGACAAUAUACUCAAAACUGGGUAACCUCAGUGUGUCAGCCGGAUUCGAGGCGGGCAGCCGGCCUUUCAUCUACCAGGAUGUGGAAGAUUUGUCCCCCGAUGGAAUCCGGAAGCGUGAAUACACCCCCUAUGGAAUGGUAUCGGAGUACCGGUUCACCUACGAUAUGGCCGACAUAAUGUUCAAGAGGAAACCCUUCCACAAGAUGGUCUUCAUUGGCACAAAGCUGGGGUACGUUCCGCGGGAAAAGUCGAUAGUAUUUUUGGAUACACCUUCGUUGCAAAGAUUUUCCGAGCAAGAGGACGACCCGAAGGUGGUUUCAUUCAAGCAUCGCAAGCUCUACACAAUGGCGCUGGUGUUCAUGAUGACCCAUCGUUACGGGAUGCCUCGUUUUAUGAGUUCCUACAAGUUCAAACAAUUUGACGAAGGACCUCCGGUGGACACACGUGGCAACAUAGCUUCGAUUGUUUUGGAUGAAUUUGGGCAGUGUACCGGUGAAUGGGUUUGUGAACAUCGAUGGCCAAUUGUUCGUAACAUUAUGAAGUUUAGAAUGGACGUUGCUGGAGAAGCUGUUAGGAGUUGGGUUGAUAAUGGGCAGAAUCAGAUAGCUUUCUGUAGGGGGAAAGUUGGAUUUGUGGCAAUAAAUGCAGAAAUAUCGCUCAGCAUGAAGGCCAACCUUUACACGUGUCUUGAACCGGGAGUUUAUUGUGAUUUGGCCACGGGACUUUCCGACAAUACCGAAUGUACCGGGAGAGCCGUCAAAGUUGGUGAAGAUGGAAGAGCCGAUAUUAUGAUUUCAAGUAAAGAUGACGAGCCGUUUUUGGUGUUACUGGCGAAUCAAAAACUACCCUGAUAUGUUGAAAUACAUAUGCAUUUCUUAAACAUUUUAUAAACGUAUGCUUUAUUAAGUCUUAACAAUUUUUGAAGAGUAAUUUGAUGCCAUUUCAUGGAAACUUACACUGUAUUGAAGCUUUCAAAAAGUCUUUCUAAUAACUACGGAGAAAAUAUAGACACAUCCAUGGUGAUCUCUUUCACCAACCACAUUUGAGAAUCUUUUUUCGCAUCACAAUCCUCGGCCAUCAGUGUAUUAUUGGCGCUCACAUCCAACCCUAAACACUUGUUGUGUUUUAUGUUUCGGAACUGCCCCGUGCCGUUGACAUUUUCCCAACCCUGGUUCCCUCGCUGCCGAUGGCAUCCAAAGACUUGGAUCCCGUUCCCAAAGCCCAGAUAAUCCAGACAAUUCUUUCGACUGUUAAUGUCCCGAUAGUAGCUGUGUGUCCAAUAUUGAUU